CUCGGUAAUGGCGAGAUCCGUCGCCACCGGGCCACAACGCGGCAUCAACCACCAGAUCCGGCCACCACGGCCUGGAUCUGGAACUCCGGCGUGCCAGCAGCUCCCCGUCGUCGCCCGGUUCAGGUGGAGGUGGCCUCCACCGUCCAGUCCCUGCUUCGCCGGCUUCCCGAGGGCGACACUGUCCUCUACCCCGACAACCACCAGAUCCGCUGGGAUCCAUGCCGCCGUGAAGUUCGCCCUGGCUGCUCACCUUGCCCCGCACCAUCCAUUCGCAGGGGAGAAGACGACGAGGAGCUCCUUCACCGGCCCCUCUGCCAUUCACAAGAACUUCAGUGGCCGGAUUUCCGCUGAUGAUCGUGUGCAGGGCAAGCAGUUCGAUCGGCGGGUGGAUGGAUGUUUUAUUUGCUGUAUAGUUUGGUUGUGAAGUGUGAUGCAUAGGUGUAUGAAGUUCUAAUGUGAAAAGUUUGGGAAAAGGCAGCUCGCUAGCUUGGGUCGGGCAGCCUAAACUAUCAACGACCAUUCGGCUUAACUCGUCUUCGUUCCAGCAGCCCCUAGAGAUUAACAAAGAAGUUCACUGCAGUUUGUUUUGUUUGUAGGAUGGUUAGAGAAAAAAGGUUAUGGAGUUCAUCAUCCUUGGCAAAAUUCAGCUCAGCUUGGAAGUAUUUGUAAACAAGAAAACAUAAUUUAACAUUUAGUUCUUUAGAUGAAGUCCAUUUCGACGUGUAAUAUUAUAACGCGGUACACUAGCAUC